UUAUGAGAGCUCACAGCAGAGAGCUAUUUUCAGACACUGCACUGGUGCUUCAGCAUCCCUUCAGUCAGCGGCUGCUUUAAGUAGGCUCACUUCACUGACUACAAGCUUGAAGGCUCCUGUCGCAACAAAAAAGGCAAACAUGGCGUUUCGAAGGAGCUUGGUGGCUCUUAUAUUGAUGGCGUCCUACGGUGUGACUGUCGCGAAUACAACAGGCUGUGAUUUUAGUGGAAUCGAUUUGGAUGGCGCUGUGGACAAAAUGUUGGGUCUUCUGGCCCAGUACCGCUACCCAGAUAUUCGAGGAUUCCGGAUGGCCUUCCGGGGUCUUGAAACGGGCGAUCCGAGUUUAACUGGCCUUGACAAGAUCCGACGGUUUGGACCGAUUCAACCUUACUGCGUCAAUGGAACCCGGCAAAUUAGUGUGGAUGUCAUCGACCGAGGCGACCUCACCUUGUCUCUGCCCUGGAGGGCCUGUUCGGGACACGAAGGCACGGUUAACUUGCGCGCAGGUCUUUCACGCUUCACGCUCAUAUUUCGCUUCGAAGCUACAGGUUUGAAUCAAGACGCCAUUCUCGCUUACGAAGGGUCUCUUGUACCGGUGAUCGUUUUAGAACCUCAAGUGUAUAUCGAUGGCGCUGGGAGCGAAUUGAAGGCAGCUACGAUGAUCAUCAGCAAGAUUCUGCCGGGUGUCACUCAGUAUUACUAUAAUAUCUUCUUUCUUGGAGUAUUCCAAGCGGCCCUCCUUAAGUCCCUAGGCGUUCAUUCGGAGUAGUGGUAAUCUGUACUUCUAUAUUUCUGUAGACCCGAUGUGCUGCGACGAUGGGCGACCUUUGUCAACAAGUGCGCUUGCAAGGUUUGCCUUUUCUUUAUGCUUCGGAUUUUUUCAUGGCCCGAUUCCCUCCAUCGUUGGCCCUUAAGGAAUAAAGUUUGAGCAACAGAU